AUGCCCCCACCGCUCACCACCGGGAACACCGACGCACCCCUCCUUACGCUCCCCGCGCCCCUCUUCGAAGCCAUCCUCCUCGCCCUCGCCUCUGCCCGACCACCUCCCCAAUCCCAAUCCCCUUCCGACUCCUCCGAGCCCGCCGAAGACACCCUCCUGCUCGCGCGCACGUUCGCCCCGCUCUCGCUUACCUGCCGCCACCUCUGCCGCGCCCUCGCCCGCGCGGACGUGUGGCGCGUGAUAUGCCUACGCGCGUGGGAUCCCCCUGCGACGCCUAGCGCACCUGCGGACGUCGACUGGGCGGGCGAGUUCCGCGCGCGUGCUCGCGCCGCGGCGUACUUCCUCUCCCCCGCCCCCCAUGCAUGCGCCGACCCCGGCGUCCUGCAAGCGCUGCUCGCGAUGCUGCAUGAGGGGAAGAGGGAGGGGGAGAGCAAGAACGUGAAGUGGGUGCGCGGCAUGCUGGCGCGGGGAUGGCCGGCGGAGGUCGCCUGGCGGCUCGUGGGCUGGGGAAGGACGGGGAGCGCCGGCGCAGAAGAGGCGAACGGCGAUGCACGGAGUGAAGGAAGGCGGGGAAAGAAGUGGGCGGAGGUGUCCGACCCGGCGUUCGACACGAGCGUAGCGGGGGGCGUGUUCUGGCGCGUGGUCGCGUACACGGGGGCGGGGCUCCUGGCCGCCCGCGCGCCUCCAGCGGUGCGCCGCGUGGACCUCCUGGCCGAGCCAGACUCGGACGGGGAGGAGGACAUGGAUUUGGCCGGCGACGCGGACGGCGAGAGGAAGCGCGCGCGCCGCGUCGCACGCGUGCGCGUGUACGACUUUGGGUACCGGCGGUGGGGCCCGUUCUUGCUUGUGGAUGAGGGAGAGCAGGGCGGGGACGCGGACGCGGACCAGGCCCCGCCUGCGCGGAUGCUCCGCCCGCACUGGGCGUGCCUCGCCGCCGUGCGGGUGGUCAUCGAGGCGAACUUGACCGAUUAUGGCAUGCAGGCGGAGCUGGGGAGGUUUCGGGACCUCGCGGGCCUUAGUGGAUGCGGUGCGGGAGCAGGUAGGGACGACUCGGAUGUGAGGGAGGAGGGGUGGGACUGGGCGGGUGUGGAGGGAGCGUGGAGGCGGUGCAUGUGCUGGAUGGAUUAUCGGAAGGUCGCGCAGAAUAACGUGCGUUCCCCUGCGAGGCGGUACCGCUAUCACUCGCAUCCGAUGGAGGCGGCGCGCGUCGCCCCGCUGCAGCUGCGGGUCGCGCAUUACACCGCGAAUCCGGAAUUCCCUGGCUGGCCGGAUAUAUACGUCGAAGGGGAGGACGAGAUGAUGGGGGGAGUGUGCGGUGUGGUGGGUAUGAUCGGGAGGAACUGGGCGGAGGCGGAGGUGCGCUGGAGCCUGCGCGGGCAGGACGGGGUGGCAGUGGAGGGCGUCCAGACGGGCGGGAUCGGCUCGGCAAUGGGCGUCUUGGGGUUGUGGACCAAGGGGGAUCGUGUGCAGAGUGGUCCGAUAGGUCCAAGUUGGAUGUGGAAGUUAUGGCAGGCGCAUUUCUACGAGAGGCGAACAGGGCACUACCCUGCUUGGGAUAUCAGACUCGACCAGGGAUGUGCAUGCAACCUGUAG